AUGAUCACCGUUGAGAAUGAUCACUGAUUACCUCCCGUUCAAACUGGAUUCAUCCCAAUAUCAUGUGAAUUUGGCCCCUACCAAUGGUCAAGACCACAUCUCGGCAUCAAGCAGACGUUCAAACUAGGACAGUAUCUAGGAGAACGCUACGUCAAAUCAGGAUUUCUAAGAUCGCCUUUGCUGCCGUCAGAGGUUUAUUUUCGAAGCCGAGCUAAUAGUCGCUGCCUUCAAAGUGCUGCUCUGAUUGGAUCAGGAAUGUGGGCGAAAGGCGAAGAUGAUCAAUUUCAGCCAGUCCCUAUCCACUCAGAAGAGAAAGACGAUAAGUGGCCCGAGUAUGAAGGUUUCAUUUAUGAAUGCAUCGGUUUAAAUCGGAAUAAUUCCGUACUGCGCGAUGCCAAAGCAUUUUCGCAAGUUGAGGCACUUAUUCAAAGGGAUCAACAUAAUCUGACAGUUCCGGAGUGGUUUCGUAAUAAUAAGGAAGUUGUCUACACUCUUUACGAGAAG